ACGCUUCCGAUUCGAACGAAAACAAAACAAAACCCUCAAAUCGCUACUUGUUAUCAAUCAUCGAUGGCGGCCAAGAGAUUCGGUGGAUCCGGUAAAUCUGGCGGCGGAGAUUCAAACAUCAUGGCGAAGAUAUCCAAUUCCGAGAUCGUCUCGCAAGGAAGACGCGUCGCCGGAGAUGCCGUCGGAGUGUCGAAGAAAUUGCUGUGGAGCACGGGAAAAGCGGCGUGGAUCGCGGGUACGACUUUUCUGAUCCUGGUCGUGCCGUUGAUCAUCGAGAUGGAUCGCGAAGCGCAGCUCAACGAAAUAGAUCUUCAGCAGGCUAGCCUCCUCGGAGCACCGGCUCAAAGGGGAUUCUAGAUAACUUUUCUCUGUUUUAUUUAUCAGUUUUCUGUAAUGGUUUUAUCAUAAAGUUCAAAGCUUUGUUUUGAUUAUCAUCUUCAGAAGCUAAAAACAUAUGAUCUGUUGAAAGCUUUUAUGUUAUCAGGCAUGUUUUAUUUAUAUAUCAUCAUUGAGUUUCUGAAA